AUGGGUGGACCAAUGAGAACAAAAAGGAAGGCGGGAGAAAGCAUGAAAGGGAGACCCAAGAAGUUGGUCAAGAAAUUCAAGAAACAAACAGACUACGACAGUGGUUCCGGCGAUGAUUCCGAGACUGGGGACAAGCAGGACUUCGCAGCGGUCAACCUCGCAGACUCGGAUGAGGAGGAAGAAUCUGCUCCGGUGAAGCUUUCAACACAUGUCGCUGCAGAUUCGGACAAUGAAGAGGAGAACGAUGAGCCAAAUCUUGACGAGGCAUCUGCAUCAGAUGUCACCGACGCAUCGAAUUCAGACUCGGACUCGGACGCAGACAUGUCUGAUGCAGACACAAAUCCCAACAACGUGAAGAUACGGAACAAGCGCAACGAUCCUGAUGCCUUUGCGACGUCCAUGUCCAAGAUUUUGGGCUCGAAACUCUCCACAAGCAAGCGAAGCGAUCCCGUCUUAUCGAGGAGUGUGAACGCCCUCCAGGCAUCGAAAGAGAUCACCGAUCAGGCUUUGGAAAAGAAGGCAAAGCAAAAGCUGAGGGAGGAGAAGAGGCAGGCUAUGGACAAGGGCCGCGUCAAGGAUGUUUUGGGCGCCUCGACGGCAUUCGACGCUGCCAACAAGGAGGAGGGAGAGCCAAUAGCGACAGUCCAGCAGAUUAUGGAGGAGGAGAAGCGUUUGAGGAAGACGGCGCAAAGAGGUGUUGUGCGCAUGUUCAAUGCCGUGAGGUCUGCACAGAUCAAGGGAGAGCAGGCUGCAAAGUAUGCUAGGCAGAAGGGUUUGGUUGGCCAUGGGAGGAGGGAAGAGAAGGUCAAUGAGAUGAGCAAGCAGGGCUUCUUAGCGCUCAUCGCCGGCGGCUCGGGAGGGUUGCCAACGGGAGGCAUUGAAGAGGCAUGA